AUGAAACACGAGCAUCUCCACACGCCCGCGUACAUUCUCAUGGCCAACCUGGCGGCAAGCGACGUUCUGACGGGUAUAGACUUCAUUUUUGCCGGUUGUUCGGUUUUGUACUACUUCCACACCGAGACCAACCCGUCCGAAACCAUGUUGCGACUCCAGUUCACGUUCCUCUUGCUCUCCGGACUGUCCUCAUCCUACAGUUUGCUAGCCUUGACGGCUGAGCGCUACUGGUUCAUCGUCCACGGGAUGACAUACGUCAACAACGUCACCAACGAGAAGUGCAAGGUCGUUGUCUUGAUCGUCUGGCUGUGGUCUGUGUUGCUGGCGAUGCUGCCAAACUUCGGGUGGCACUGCGUGAGCCGUGCGGAGGAGGGAUGCCUGCGGUUCGUCGGAGGAUUGGCCUCCAGCUACGUGGUGCUCAUCUUAGCGUUCGUUUUCAUCCCGAUGGCCGCGAUCAUCUUUUUCAACCUGAGCGUCUUCUGGUGUCUCUGGAAACACGUGAACGCCAUCGCUGCACAAGAAGCCGCCGUGGGAGCCCCGCCGAGCGUCAGCAGAAAAUCCGCGGUCACAGUCGUCAUCAUCACCGUGGUGUUCCUCGUGGGGUGGUUGCCAUUUUCUAUCAAGAUGACCAUGUUCACUCAAGACAGGGUUUCUCUCGCUAAUAUGUUUGUCUUCAUCAUCUUGAACUCCGCCAUCAACCCUGUGAUCUACGGGUUCCGUCUACGGGAGGUCCGACGGGGCGUCGCACGGCUCUUCCGUAACAACCACGCCGGAAACGUCGAACUCGAUCCGUAG